UUGGACCUUACGGGCAACCCUGCGCUAGAAGUCGAGACUGUAGAGCUACGUGCGUCCCUCAACUUUUGAGACUUGGUGAAGGGUAGAGGUUUUUCAGAAUGGGAACCAGGAAGGAAUGGGUUCAGUCCUCUGCUGCGGACUCGUCGAGGUCUCCAGUGUCCCACGUAAUUAUUAGCUCAGGCCGCUUCCCUCCAACCCGGCACUUUCCCUCCAAUUACGCUCCUUUCCUCCAAACCCAGUUCUCCCAAGUGAGGGCGUGGAGAUUACUAGCAAGAAAAUCUGGGACGCCAGGGUCUGCCUCAGGACUAAGGGCUAGGUCCCAGGGUCCAAGCCCCGCCCCCCGUAGCUUGUCCCUAGCCGGGGCUCCCCCCGUGGGAACGGGGACCAGCUGUCCGGAAGCGCCAAACUGCGUCCCUGUCCGAGCCCUGGGGAUCAAUCAGGCCGAGGAGUUAAUUAUGUAAUGAGGGGGCAGGGGGUCGGGGCUAAUGAAGCCGCCCAUGGGGGAGGGGAAGGGGAAGGUACAGGUAUCCGGCCCCCUCUUGGACCCCUUCGAGGCCCCAGGGGUUUCCACUCCAGCCCACCUCCAGGGCCUCAAAGAGGGGAGGGGCUGUGAUCCCKGGUCUGGAAGGGGCUGAGCUGUGAGCUAUAAAGGGGGCAUCUCUCAGCACCGGGGACUAUAGGCAGCGUGACCUGAAGCCAGAGGGACUACAACAUGUACCAUCCACGAGAGUUGUACCCCUCCUUGGGGACCGGCUAUCGUCUGGGGCCCCCCCAACCYGGUGGGGACUCCAGCUUCCCUCCUGCCCUGGCAGAGGGCUACCGCUACCCCGAUCUGGAUACCCCUAAACUGGAUUGCUUCCUGUCCGGGAUUGAGGCUGGUCCCCGCACCCUAGCUGCAGCCCCACCUCUGCCCCUACUGCCCCCUACCCUGGGUACUGAGCCAGCCCCACCAGCUGCAGAAGCCCUUCACUCCCUCCCUGGGGUCAGCCUGAGCCUGGAGAACCAGGAGCUGUGGAAGGAGUUCAGCGCUGUGGGGACAGAGAUGAUCAUCACCAAAGCCGGCAGGCGCAUGUUUCCUGCUUGCCGAGUGUCAGUCACUGGCCUGGACCCUGAGGCCCGCUACCUGUUUCUUCUGGAUGUGGUUCCAGUGGAUGGGGCUCGCUACCGCUGGCAGGGCCGGCGCUGGGAGCCCAGCGGCAAGGCAGAGCCCCGCCUGCCUGAUCGUGUCUAUAUUCACCCUGAUUCUCCUGCCACUGGUGCCCACUGGAUGCGGCAGCCUGUGUCCUUCCAUCGUGUCAAGCUCACCAAUAGCACAUUGGACCCCCAUGGCCACCUGAUCUUGCACUCCAUGCACAAGUAUCAGCCCCGCAUACACCUUGUGCGGGCCGCCCAGCUUUGCAGCCAGCACUGGGGGGGUGUGGCCUCUUUUCGCUUCCCUGAGACCACGUUCAUCUCUGUGACAGCCUACCAGAACCCACGGAUCACACAACUCAAGAUUGCAGCCAAUCCCUUUGCCAAAGGCUUCCGAGAGAAUGGCAGAAACUGCAAGAGGGAGCGGGAUGCCCGUGUGAAGAGGAAACUUCGAGGCCCAGAGCCAGUAGCCACAGAGGCCUAUGGGAGUGGAGAUACMCCAGGGGGUCCCUGUGACUCCACCCUGGGUGGGGACGUGCGUGAGUCAGAUCCAGAGCAGGCCUCAGCUCCCCAGGAAGCUGUUCCUGCCCCAGCUCCUCCAUGUGGUGGCCCCAGUGCUGAGGCCUAUCUCCUGCACCCUGCAGCUUUCCAUGGGGCUCCCAAUCACCUACCAACCAGGAACCCUACCUUCCCUGAGGCUCCAGACUCUGGGCGCCCAGCCCCCUACUCAGCUGCAUUUUUGGAGCUGCAGCCUGGGCCCGGGGGCUCAGGGUACCCAGCAGCUCCACCMGGAGCAUCCUUUGCUCCACACUUCCUUCAAGGGGGCCCCUUCCCCUUGCCAUACCCAGGCCCUGGGGGAUACCUGGACGUGGGUUCCAAACCAAUGUACUGAGCCAUCACAGGGCCCCUCUGCCUCAUCUUCCAUCACAAUCUCCAGUUCCCUUCCCCCAGCACUGUAGCCCCCUCAUUCCACUGUCCCCAUCCCCCACACCAAAUGGCUGCCUUGGGCCUGUCCCCCACCCCACUUCACACCUUGAUUUCACUCCCACCCCCUCUGGCUUCAAAGCCCAAGCCAGGCUGCUGGGAGUCCAGCUGGGGCCAGCUUCCCCUUCCCGGCUCUCACCUCCGUGUGAAUGGAAGGAGGCUCUGCCUGGCCAAAUGGGGACAGCCCAGCAUCUCCACCUCCUGUGGCCCCACUUGCCACCACUGCAAGCCACACCAGUCUGUUCUCAGGACCAGAGUAUUUUUGUUAAUAAAACUCAAAAAGACAUCAGUGCUCAGGAAA